AUGACUAACAACAUAUCUUUGAUCAUAAAAAAACAAUCAUCGUUCAGAUCUGAAUCAUUUUCCUCUCGCUUUUGUUUCAACUCCGCUUUCUUUCUUCUCCCCGCUCUUUCUUUCUUUCUUUCUUUCUUUAUUUCUUUCUUUCUUUCUUUCAUAGUGUCGCUUUCUGCUUGCCUUUCGUCUUCCUUUCUUCUCAGUGAAGGAUUUCUUCAUUCAUUCUUUAAGUUUGCUUUGUGUCAUUUCUUUCUUUUUGCUUUCAUUCUUUCUUUCUUCAUAGUGAAGGAUUCAUUCAUUCUUUCUUCAUUUCUCUCUUCUGUCUUCUUACUUAAUUCUGUUUUAAUACCGCUUCUUUCUUUCUUUCUUUCAAUUAUUUUUUUUUCUGUUUGUCAUUUUUCUUUUUGUUUUUCUUGCUUUCUUGAUAAUAUAGAAUUCUUUCUUUCUUUCUUUCUUUCUUUCUUUCUUUCUUUCUUUCUUUCUUUCUUUCUAUUUAAUUUGCUUCUCGCAUAUUUCUCUUUACAUUCUCCCUUUCUUUCGUUCUUUCUUUCUUUCUUUCUUUCAGACCUUACAAAUCAUUUUUGUAUUUUCUUUUACUUCUUUAAUCUUUUUCUUUUUUCCCCUCCUUCUUCCAUUCUUUCCUUAUUUUCACGCAUAUUUCUUCAGCUUCCUAAGACUCUUAUCUAUCUAUCUAUCUAUCUCUGGCUGUUCAUUAUCUAUCUAACUAUCUAUCUAUCUAUGGCUGUUCAUUAUCUAUCUAUCUAUCUAUCUAUCUAUCUAUCUAUCUAUCUAUCUAUCUAG